CAUAAAUAUUUCGCAAAGUGGCUUGCUAGUCUUGAAGAAAGGCUACUUUCUUCACUGAAACCCAACAAGCUAUGCGAGAAAGAUGUCAUUUCCAAAGACAUGAUGGAUUUAUUUGAAACCUAUUUAGUGGAAUGGCAAGAGGAUGAAAAAGACUUUGUUCUUACAAGAGCGGCUCAAUAUGUUCUCGACACUAUCAUUAGCGACAGCUGUAAAUGUAUAGCAGUCACUGGCUGUCCUGGAAGUGGGAAAUCGUCAAUCAUUCACCAUGUAGCCAUUUUUCUAAAGAAAACACUGGACUACGAAAUAAUACCAAUAGUUUGUGAACCGGGCGAUUUUAAACAAUAUUUUAGUUCUAGCAGACGGCAAGUAUUUGUUUUAGACAAUACAUUUGGGACGAUUGCAGUAAAUGCGCCACUAGUUGAAAGUUGGUAUGCACAUUUAGAAGUUAUUGAAAAAAUGUUAAAUAUGGGUAAUACUAAAGUUCUUAUAUCAUGUCGUAUGCAUAUAAUGAAAGAUUCUCUUCUCCAACGACUUAAAAUAUUCGUAUCGAACGAAUGUAAUCUGCAUACAGAAAAACUGUGUUUACUCGAGAAGGAACGUUUGAUGAUUGCAAAGAGAUACCUUAACAACUCGGAAAUAAAGGAAAUUGCGGAAGUAUUGAACCUGUAUCAAUUCUUUCCACUGCUUUGCAAAUGGUAUGCAAAGAAUAAGAAACCAAGUAUUGGGGAGUUUUUUCAAAAUCCUGUUGACAUUUUUAAACAAAACAUAGUCGAAAUGAAGGAAGAUCCAAGCAGAAUCCAGUAUUGUGCAUUUGUUUUAUGUUUAUUGUUUAAUGGGAAUUUGAAUGAAAGUUGGUUUGAGAGAGACAGUGACCAUGAAUAUAAAUUACAUGCGAUUUGUACAGAAUUUGGAAUAGACUUCAGAAUCAAAAGAAAAGAACUACAGCAGCAACUGGAUAGACUUGAGAAUACAUAUAUAAAGAAACUUAAUAGAAAUUAUUACAUUGUGCAUGACAAAGUGUAUGAUGUCGCAGUGGUAAUUUGUGGACAAGACAUUACAGAAUGUUUUAUUGAAUAUACAGAUUCUAUAUUUAUGGGCGAUCGAUUCCAGUUAUUGUCUAUUAAAUCAGACUUUGAUGAAACUGUCAUUAGAAUACCGCAAAAACACGAAGAUAGGUAUUUCCAACGAUUAUUGAAAGAUCUAGAAUGUGGCCAUAUAUACAGUUCAUUUCAAAAUAGACAACUUCAGAAUCAAAAGUAUAGAGAUAAACUUAUUGCAUUCAUGCUAAUCAAUAAACGUUUUAUACGAAGCAUAUUGAAGAAAAUGGACGAACUUCAGCUACGUUUAAUAGAAAGCAGAAAACAUACAGAAGAUUUUAUUUCAUUCUGUGCUGAAGAAAGUGACCACUCGUUUUCCGGUGAAGAAAGUGACAACUCAUUUUUCGGUGAACAAAGUGAGCAGUCAUCUGCCGUUGAGAAUAGUGAACACUCGUCUUUUGGUGAGGACACAGAAAGUUAUAACAUGGGAGUUCAAAUGCCUGGAAGAAAUAAACCAAAUAGCAAUAGAAUAUAUCCGGUAGAUGAUCAAGACUUUCCACUGCCGCUUCUAGAGUCUUCUACACAAGGCCAUAAAGAUAUUGUUCAAAUGUUAAUCAACUUUGGAUGUAAUGUCAACGUUUAUGACAAAUUUCGUAGAACUGCAUUGUUUCUUGCCGCUUCACAUGGUCAUCGCUUUACUGUAGAAACACUCUUAUUAAACAACUGCAACCCAUCUUUAUGCGACGUCUGGGAACGAUCUCCUUUUUAUGUGGCUUGCUAUGAAGGUCACUCAGAAAUAGUUAAACUAUUACUUAAGGUGUCAGAUAUCUCUAAAUCAGACACGUGCUACUUUAAAACACCGCUUCAUGUUGCAUGCGAAUUUGGACAUUUCGUGAUAGUGAAGAUGUUGUUGGAAAAUGGUUCAAGUAUGUAUCAGUGCAAUACUGAUGGCCAUUCGCCAUUGUUUGUAGCUUGUGAAAGGGGGCAUCCACAAUUAGUAAAAUUACUGCUUGAUUAUGGCUCCGAUAUUAACCAAAGAGACGAAAAAGACAAAACACCGCUAUUUGUUGCUUGCGAAAACGGCUUUUCCGAAGUGGUGAAAAUACUUCUUGAUCAUAAAGCCAAUAUUUCAUUAUGUAACUCUGAUGGGUCAUCACCAAUACACGUAGCUUGUAAAUGGGGUCAUACAAAUACAGUAGCAAUUUUGGUGGACAGAAAUGCAGAUAUUAAUAGUUUAGAUCGUUUAUAUGGGCGAACACCACUUUUCCUUGCAGUUGAAGGAAAAUAUAGUGAAAUAAUUCAGCUUUUGAUAGAAAACGGGUGCAAUAUUUUUACAUGCGGUAAGAGAAAGCAGUCUCCUUUAUACGUAGCUUGUAAAACUGGUCAAACUUCUAUUGUAAAACUUUUACUGGAACGCAUGGACGAAUAUUAUGUUCUUUCUUUUAAUUAUUCGGAAUGGUCUCCUUUGAUAGCUGCUUGUGAAGGUGGUUACAAUUCUAUAGCACAAAUGUUGUUAGAGCGAAAUUUUUACAUAAACAUUUGUGACAUGAACGGUAAAUGUCCUAUUCACAUAGUCUGUGAAAAUGGUUUUACAGAUAUUAUGACAACUUUGUUAAGUCAUGAUUGUGAAGUCGAUCGUUUAGACGGAGAUGGUAGAUCAGCUUUGUUAAUAGCAUGUGAGCAUGGGUAUUCAGAUAUUGCUAAAUUACUCCUUGAAAACAAAGCAAACCAGGUACUAACUGACGAGGAUAACUGGUCGCCCUUUCAAGUAGCAUGUUACGAAGGACAUGCAGACAUUGUUGAAUUAUUAAUACAAUAUAAUCCUGAAACAAUGCAAUGUGAUAAUAAAAACCGGUCACCUUUAUUUAUUGCAUGCAUGAAAGGACAUGUAAGUGUGACAGAACUAUUAUUAUCAAGGAAUUUAGCUGAUGUACAUCAAGGUGAUGUUCGGAAAUGGACACCACUACACAUUGCUUCAAAGGAAGGACAUAGAGAAGUUGUGGAAGUAUUAUUAAAGUAUGGAGCUGACAGGACUCUACUUACCGAGGCUGGUAGAAGUCCUUUACAUUUAGCUCGUUCUUCAUUUCGAACUGACAUCGUACAACUGUUAACUGUUGAUACUUCAUCAGACGAUUGACCACUCAUCCUAUUAAUCACAGUUAUAAUUAAUAUGACAUCUACAAAUAAAGGCCACAGUAGUUUAACGCAUUUCAAAAUUCAUAAAUCGAUUGAGAUAAUAACAAAUCCGGGUUAUAAACGAAACCGAGGAAAGCACAUCAACUAUAAGAGGAAAACAACGGAACAAUAGAAACACUGAAAUGCAACCAAAACAAACGCCAACAUACAUAGAAAGGUAUUAUUUGAUAACAAAUUUCAUAUUCCGAACUUAAAACAUGACUUUUGAAGAAAAAAUGGUAGGCUUAACCUGGUUUUAUGGCAAGCCAACCUCCCGCUUAUGUGGCAAUGUUAAAUAAAAUAUUGGCUAAAAUGA